AUGGCCGACCUCAUCGUGACCCAGCACGCCUCAGAAAAGAACGUCAAGUUCGCCUCGGCUACCCCAGCCCAGCGAGAGGCCGCAUGGCGCCUUAACGGCGUCUCAUGGGCCCCUCCCAUGUCCCUCGAGGCCUACGUUGCCCGUGAACUCGCCCUCUCCAAGACGGCCCUCUCGUCCAACUGCAGCUACUACGUCCUCUUCGACCCGGCCGACCCAGAGCACAUCAUCUCGUCCUGCGAAGCGACCGCCAAGACCAUCUUCGUCCGCGAUCCCUCUUGCCCGGCCGUUCGUGAAGAGAAGGCCUAUGCCAUAGCCUCCGUCUACACGAACCCGACCCAUCGCAACCACGGCAUGGCGACUCGACUCCUCAACGGCGUCAAGGAGGCCAUGGACGCCGACUCCAGGGCAAGCGUGCUCUACAGCGAUAUCGGCACCAUCUACUACGCUCGUAUGGGCUGGGCCGUCUAUCCGUCCCUUCAAGUUUCGCUCAUCCUGGACGACACUUCCGUUCUGAGUCCACUUCAGGGUUUGAGAUACCUCACGGCCGAGGAGGUGCCCGAAUUCUGUGGCAAGGACGUCGAGCUGCUGAGGAAGAAGCUCGCGAGCCUCCCCGACGACGGCAAGACGCACGUCGCCUUCGCACCGUCGGGCGACCAGAUGCUGUGGCAUUUCACCCGCGAUGGCUUCAUGGCCAAGGAGCUCGUCGACCGGGAGGUCGUGCGCCGCGGGGCGGCUACUGCUGAUGGCAAGGCGUGGGUGUACUGGGACCACGACUUCCGCGAGAAGAAACUCAAGGUCCUGCGGGUCGGCGGCGACCCCGAGGCCGACGUCACGGCGCUACUCCACGCCGCUGUGCUCGAGGCUGCGGACUGGGGGCUCGCCAAGGUCCUGGUAUGGAACCCCGACGAGGGCAUCUCGGCCUCGGCCAAGAGGGUCAGCGAUCGGACCGAGGGCGCCGUCCGGGUGAUUUUUGACGAGAGGCUCGAUGGGAGCAUCCCGAGCUUGCGGUGGAAGGGCGAGAGCGAGGCUGUGUGGGAGGACAAUGAGUACUACGCAUGGUGCUAG